CUGUAGAGUCCUACUUCGCUGUGUGUUGCUCGUAUUGUUCCGUCCGCAAUGACUAGCUGUUCGUUGUGCGUUGUUAUCACCAGUUGUUUCGCGUGAUAACAAUGCACCCUCGCGAGUGUACAUGAUUGAUCGUCUAAUUGUGGUGAGGACGACUUGGACGUCGAAGACGACGGCAACGAGAGUGUCGUGCAGGCACGCGUGGAACAGCUGAUUGGUGGAAGUUCGCACCAGCGAGUCCGGAUCCGCGCCGUCGCCGUCUCCAGUUCACAGGCUGAUCGUCGUCAUGGCGGGCCUCGUGCUCCGGGUAAAGACCAAGUCGGGUCAGAAGGUCGUCAGCGGCCUCGCCGCCCACGAUAAGGUGUCCCAACUGAAAACGAAACUCGCCGAGCUUACUGGCGUACCCGUCGCCGCUCUCCACGUGCUCGCUGGCUUCCCACCCAAGCCCGUCGACCUGGACGCUGCUGAUACCACUAUCGAGCACACUGGUAUCAUCUCUGGAGAUACUCUGAUUGUUGAGGAAAAGCAGAUUAUAUUCAACGGACAUGAGCAGAAGUUCAAUGAUUUUGGUCGCUCCCAUAUCGUUGAUCAAGAGAGCUUCACCAAUUCUCCUGGUGUUCUGAUGAGAAAAGUUGUACCCGCAGACAACUCCUGUCUCUUCACCAGUGUCGGUUAUGUCCUCAAUGGAAAGGUCGAUACCACCUGCGCCAGUUUCAUGAGAGAAAUCAUAGCUAACGCUGUAGCGGCGGACCCGGAGGAAUAUUCCGAUGCCUUCCUGGGCAGGCCGAAUAGCGAGUACUGCAAGUGGAUCCUCAAGUCCGACUCCUGGGGCGGCGCGAUAGAGCUGUCGAUUCUUUCCAAGUUUUAUGGCUUGGAAAUAGCAGUGAUCGACAGCAUUAACGCGAUCAUCAACAGAUUCGGCGAGGAUCAGCAUUAUGCUCAACGAGUCUUUCUCAUAUUCGAUGGGAUUCAUUACGAUCCGCUCUACCUGGAACCACUCGAUGGUGGCAGCAUCCAAACAAUCUUUCCCACCGAGGAUGAAAAGAUACUGCUGGAGGCGGCCCAGCUUGCGAAGGAAGCAAGAUCAAGUCGUCAGUACACGGACGUGCAAAAAUUCACGCUUAUAUGCAACGACUGUAAGAUUAGACUGAAUGGACAGAUGGCAGCGCAACAGCACGCCAAAGAUACUGGCCACAUGAACUUCGGCGAGAUUGCGGCGUAGCCCGUCGUACCAUCAGCUCGUACGAUUUAACUCUUAGGUGAUUAUCCUUGAAACCUAAACAGUAUAUGCAAUCUUCAGCAACUGUUUCUUCGAAAGUGUUCCAGAAUUAAGUUUAUUUAUUUAUUUUCGAUUUACGUUAUCUUCGAUACGUAAUACCCACCCAGACACUCAUUACCGUAAAUUCUUAAUCCGUGCGAUAGAAAGUUCCUAUUGUUUCUCGCAUAAAUCAAACGUAUAAAAAGCCUCACGUUGAAAUAUCGACAGAUUGAUAAUAUUCGAGAAAGUAUAAUUAAAACAAUUUUACAUCACGUUAGAUAAUAGUCUGAACUUUCUUUGAUCUUAUUGGAUUUAAGCUGUGUACAAUUAUUGCUAACGAACAAAUUUAGUUUGAAAAUUUUGACAAGUCUGUCGGACGUAAAAUAUGCACCAAAUUAAAUUGAUUAACGUUAUGUGAUAAAUUAUUAUGUGAAAUUAACAAAAUGUGAUAAAAUUGACGUUUUCUCAUUCUUCUGGCGAGCAAUUCGUUUAACAAAAAUUAGCUUUGCAAUGAUUGUAAAUAUAGAGAUUAGCAUUUUUAUAUAUAUAUAAACGCGUGGCAUACAAGAUGUAGUUCAAAAGUGAGAAAGGGAAAAAGGAGUGCGCAUGCAUAUUAUUUUUAUAAAUUCUAUUCAAUUUAUAUUGUAUAAUUAUUAUAUUCUAAAUAUUCUUAGGCAUAUGCAUUAAGUUCUAUUUUAAGUAUAUUUAUGCAAUACUAAUUGUUAUUAUAUACAUUAUACGAUAGAACAAUUGUAUUUUAGGAAUAUUUUAUACUGUUUAGGAUUAAAGGAUAGCCGUUUUGCAGCUAGACGACGAUAAGCUAACGACGUUUUCUACUCGAUCGCGGCGCUUGCGAAUAGCAAAGCACCUAUCAUUAUUGCGAAUCGUUUGCACUAUUGAGGAUUGUUGAUAUGCAUAAUAUACAAGUUAUUGAUUUUGAUUAUA